UGUUCACAGCUGUCCCAGAAGGAGGAGCUGAAAUCCGAACCUCUCGACUGUGAUUGGAUGUUUCUAGUAAAAGCCAGGGAGAAAUCCCCUCCCAGCCCAGAAGAGCUCAGUCGGGCAGAGAGCCGGGUGACUUCAGAGGCGCCCGCCUGUCCCCCGCCGCACCUGAGCCGCUGCGAUGCUGUAGGACCGCCGCCUGGACCGUUAUCCGCCCGCACCGGCCCGCCGCCACCAUGCCGCGCUCCUUCCUCGUCAAGAAACAUUUCAAUGCCUCCAAGAAGCCCAACUACAGCGAACUGGACACACACACAGUGAUCAUUUCCCCGUAUCUCUAUGAGAGUUACCCCAUGCCUGUCAUACCAAAACCAGAGAUCCUCAGCUCAGGAGCAUACAGCCCUAUUACUAUGUGGACAUCGGCAGCUCCAUUCCACUCCCCUCUACCCAGUGGUCUUUCUCCUCUUACUGGAUACUCCUCACCCUUGGGGCGAGUAAGCCCUCCUCCUCCAUCUGAUACUUCAUCCAAGGACCACAGUGGUUCAGAAAGUCCCAUUAGUGAUGAAGAGGAAAGACUGCAAUCCAAGCUCUCAGACCCACAUGCCACUGAAGCUGAGAAGUUUCAGUGCAAUUUAUGCAAUAAGACCUAUUCUACUUUCUCUGGGCUGGCCAAACAUAAGCAGCUGCAUUGUGAUGCCCAGUCUAGGAAAUCUUUCAGCUGCAAAUACUGUGACAAGGAAUAUGUGAGCCUGGGUGCCCUUAAGAUGCACAUUCGGACCCACACACUGCCUUGUGUCUGCAAGAUCUGUGGCAAGGCUUUCUCCAGACCCUGGCUGCUCCAAGGACACAUUAGAACUCACACAGGGGAAAAGCCUUUCUCUUGCCCUCAUUGCAACAGAGCUUUUGCAGACAGGUCAAACCUGAGGGCACAUCUGCAGACCCACUCUGAUGUAAAGAAAUACCAGUGCAAAAACUGCUCCAAAACCUUCUCCAGAAUGUCUCUUCUGCACAAGCAUGAGGAGUCUGGCUGCUGUGUGGCACACUGAGUGGCGUAACCAGUGUUUACUCGAACAGAAUACAUUUCAUCACUCCAAUGACAAAUGAAAGUCCAAAGCCAUUUUCUCUUGUGCUUACCUACCAAAUAAUAUGUACAGAAUGUACAGACACAUACAAGAGUCUCUCUCAUACAUACACGCAUGAGCGCACGCACGCGCGCGCGCGCGCGCGCACACACAAACACACACACACACACACACACACACACACACACGAAACUACAGAACAGAAUCUAUAUGCUUAAAAUUAAUCCUUUCUAUGUGAAAUUUAAAGUUGUAUUUACUGACAGCUAGAUUGAAAGGCUAAAAGACAAGAACCAUUCUCUUUAAAGAUGAAGUGAAAAGCACAUUGCAUCUUUUCUUACUAAGAAAGAAUGUGGAGAUUUACAUUGCUGCCAAACCAUUUCAACUAAAAGGAACAGUAUUGCUUCGUAAUAGAGCUCUAAUAGUGUUUCCAAGAGGAAGAGAGUCUGCCAGAUGCUAUCUCAGGUGCCUUAUAAAAUACUCCAAGUUUACUUCCUUACAUGUCGGAUGUCUGGUUGUCAUCGGUGAAUGAAAGCUUUUUCUGGAUUACCUACAAUGCUUUAAACUCUAUUGUUAAGAGAAAAAAAAAAUGAGAAAAAGAACAGAACACAAGAGAAUGUAUUAAAAUAUUCUUGUUUUGUUUCAUUUUUGCCAUGUGUGCCUUGGAAGAGGAGGAAAGGACAAGCUUCAAACAUUCCUGGUGCGUGUGCCAUGUCUUACUUUUUAAAAGAAUCUUAGUGAUUUAUAAGACAAUGUAAUGAAUAAGACAUUAUAAUGCAAGAGAGCAUCUUAGACAUUCAGUAAUGUACUUACACUUUUGAAAAUGCAUAUGAUGGAUGCAAUAAUACAAUGCCCCUCCAAGUGCCUGUUUUAAUGAAUUGUGUAGUUGAUGUAAAUUUGUGUUUAUUUUUAUAUGACUGAAUGAACUCUGUGUGAAAGUGAGGUGUGGUCUAUAACUGUGCCUAUAUACAACCUGAAUACUUGUGAAAUCAAUGUUCCUUUUUUAAAAAGUAACUUUCAAGGUCUUUUUUUUACAAUAAACAUUUUUGCUUUAAAAUUUA